GACGACCUUGUUUUUGGCUCACCAACUAUUUCCUAGCUCUUCAAACGCCAAAGUUUCUGGGCUUAUUCAUCAACAAAACCCAAACAAUCAAUGCCUUCUUCAUCAUCAUCAUCAUUUGUGUUUAUCUUCCUCUGUUUCUUUGCAACCCCUGCACUUUCCGACCCAAGAGCCCAAAAAGCAGCUCAAUUAUGCACCAACAGAACUGUUCCAUCACUUUCUCAACGCCAAGUUUUCAUCGCAAACUUUCUAGCCGCCAUGGACGCGUUGACCCCUCUCACCACAACGCAGAGACACGGCGCCGUAAUUAAUGGCUCCCAAAACGCCACCGUUUAUGCCUUCGGCGAGUGCAUGAGAGACCUUUCUCAAUCGGACUGCAACAUAUGCCUCGCACAGUGCAAGACACAGCUUCUCAGUUGCUUACCGUUUCAAAAAGGGACACGUGGCGGUAGACUCUUCUUCGACGGGUGCUAUCUCAGGUACGAUGAUUACAACUUCUUCAACGAGAGUUUAAGUAACCAAGACACCACCGUGUGUAACGGAAGUAAUAACACCGAUGUUUAUGAAGCCAAUGCUUUGGAGUUAGUCAGAAACAUGAGCAAGUUGGCGCCCAAAAACGAUGGUUUUUUUGUGGGGUUGGUGAGUAGAAAGAAUGUGACUGUUUAUGGGUUGGCUCAAUGUUGGGAAUUUGUGAGGGGUAGUGACUGCCAGAAAUGUUUGGCAGAUGCUGUAACUAAGAUUGUUUCGUGUAAAACAAAAGAAGAAGGGAGGGCACUGAAUGCUGGUUGUUACUUGAGAUAUUCCUCACAGAAGUUUUAUAACAAUUCAAGCGAUGUUGCUGUUGCUGGAAAUCGUGGACACCGGAGUUUGGCUAAAAUUCUGGCUGCUUGUUCUGCUGCCUUCGCUAUUCUGCUGGUUGUUGUGACAGUUGCUUUCUUUAUAAAAAAGAAUGUGAUGAGAAGGAGAAGAGAAAGAAGACAGUUUGGUGCACUUUUGGACACGGUGAAUAAGUCCAAGCUAAAUGUGUCAUAUGAGAUUCUUGAGAAAGCAACAAAUUACUUCAAUGAUGACAAUAAACUAGGACAAGGGGGAUCAGGUUCUGUUUAUAAAGGAAUUAUGCCAGAUGGAAAAACCGUGGCCAUAAAAAGGCUUAGCUUUAACACAGCACAAUGGGCAGAUCAUUUCUUCAAUGAGGUCAAUUUGAUAAGUGGCAUUAACCACAAAAAUCUUGUGAAGCUUUUGGGGUGCAGCAUUACAGGACCCGAAAGCCUUCUUGUUUAUGAAUACGUGCCUAAUCAAAGCCUCCAUAAUCACCUUUCUGUUAGAAGGGUUUCUCAGCUGCUGACUUGGGAAAUCAGGGAGAAGAUCAUAUUAGGAAUUGCAGAGGGAAUGGCAUAUCUUCAUGAGGAAUCACCUGUGAGAAUCAUUCAUAGAGACAUAAAGUUAAGCAACAUUCUGCUUGAGGAGGACUUCACACCCAAGAUUGCUGAUUUUGGACUUGCUAGAUUAUUUCCAGAAGACAAGUCUCACAUUAGCACGGCUAUUGCCGGCACACUGGGUUAUAUGGCUCCAGAGUAUGUAGUUGGUGGGAAGUUGAGUGAGAAAGCAGAUGUUUACAGUUUUGGAGUUCUAGUUGUUGAAAUUGUAUCCGGCAAAAGAAACAGUUCUUUUGUUAUGAAUUCAUCAUCUCUCCUGCAAACGGUUUGGAAUCUUUAUGGAUCAAAUAGGCUAUCUGAAAUUGUUGAUCCAACCCUAGAGGGUGAUUGUCCUGCAGAGGAAGCAUGCCAAGUGCUUCAGAUAGGGUUGCUUUGUGCACAAGCAUCUGCAGAAUUGAGGCCAUCAAUGUCAGUAGUCGUUCAAAUGGUUAAUAACAAUCAUGAAAUUCCUCAGCCAACACAGCCACCAUUUAUUAACUCUGGUAGUUCAGAUCUCAGCAAAUCUGGUUUACCUGGAUAUAAUUUUCAGACUGGAUCGAACACCCAAUCUUCAAGGGACACCAUCACUGAAAGUCUGAUUGAGCCUAGAUGAGUUAUUACCUUAUACAAUUUUUCUCCUGAAACAUUUUUAUGCACACACGUUUAGGGAUUGUGUGCAUCCCUAAGUGCCCUUAUUUUCUUCUUUUGCUCUCAGUUGAGCAAUUUAGAGCCAUCGAAAACUUUGUCAAUAUAAUUUUUCUGCGUUUUCAAUAUAUGGCAUAUAGGUUUUAUUAAUCAAAGUUUGUUAUACUUUAAGCUUUACUCUAAAUAGGCCUGACCUAUAACAUAAUUAUUAGGUCUGAGCCUGACCUGUUAUCUGUUAAAGGCU